AUGGCAAGCCAAUUUCCUCGAAGACGGUGGCAUCAAAAAGAUCCGACUCCUGAGAAGCUGUGUAACUCAUCGCGGUACACAUGCCGGAUCUUUGAAAUGUCGUGGUUAAGUAAGCGUAUCUUGUCGUCAAUGACACCCUGGCUGCCUCAAGUAACUCAAGCGCGUAACUUCGACAUGUACCACGCAGACAAACGAGCCAAGGGUCCACUGGUAAGACGUUACGGCUACAGAGACCCUCUGAACGCUCGAGGACUGUUGCCUCGCGAGAGUGAACACAGACUGAGAGAACUUCCAGUGUACCGUCCAAAAGACCACUGGAACGAAAAGCGAGCUCUGUUUGGCCAGAACGACUACAUUGACAUCCUCGGCAGCGACGAUCUCCAUCCCACCAGGAUCCUCUACAACGUCCCAGCCUGGUUAAGAGGUGUCAAAGGUAACGAGUACCAAGUCCUACUUAGGAAGAAGAGGAUCUGGUCCAGGGGAAUCUUCCCCAUUGCCAGACCCACUCGCUGGCAUAGUAUCAAAAAACAAAUUAACUUCUUGUACAAACUUCUUGUUAAUGUAUUUAUAAAAAAAAAUUACUGCACGAAGGCUUUUAAAAGUAUGGCAACAACAAAUAGUCUCUGCUGA